UGUCAUUUUGACAGUUUUAUACACCUAUUCUCAUUUGAAUUGAGCGUUAAGUUAAAAUAAAUCUUCACAAAUAAAUAACUUUUAAGCGCAAACGACUUACAAAAUUAUUGUAUUAUGUAAAUUUUGGAAAUCAUGAAUUACUUUUGUGUAAAUAUCAAUUUUCAGGUAUAAUCAUGGAUAGUAGAACAUUACGAAGUAUAACAAACGGAUACACAAAUAAAAACAUUGAUUGUAUUGACGACUUAUGCUAUGAUUUAUACGUAUCAUCACACCCAGAAGAGAAUCAUAAUGAUUGUCUGGAGGAUUUGCCUGCGGUGGACAUGAACCUGUCAUAUUCAGGUUCAACUUCAAAUAGCGGGUCCGAACAAUCAACAAGGAAAAAUACAAGAACGAAUAAUGACAAGGCAGUGGAGGGUAGUAGAAAUAAAAAAUCUGACAGAGAAAGCGCCAAGCAGAAGACAGCCGUAGAAAAAGCUGCAAAGAAGCAGAUGCAAGAAUUAAAUAAGAUUUAUAAGCCUGGUGAAUGCAUGAAGUACAUGCAAGUAGAGGUGCAUCCAUCUUUCUUGGAAAAGUGGUAUGCGGGUGACAUAGAACGGGAAAUGUCACCCAGUGGUGCAAAAAUUGUCACCUCUUUAGAACUAUUUGAUCCCAGUCUGGUUCUGUGGAAGAGAAGUGUACCGCAAACAUUGGUUUCUAAAGAUGGAGAAUUAGAUAUAACACCACGUCACGAAGUCAGUGAUCGUGGGCUCUAUGUGAUGAUAGCUGCGGACGCUGCUCAAUACAUAUGUGAACACAAGUUGUCACAACACAUUGCUACUGUCAAUGAGAUAGCUAAUGUCAAAGUGACACUUGUUAUAUUUGGUGAACAGGAAUAUUUCAAAACUGCAUCAAAGAAAAGAACGAACAAUCAGGUUAUGAGCGAAGUGGAUUUAGAAAUGGCUAUCUCCGAUCUGCUUGUUAGUACAGGAUGUGAUACAGUUGUGUUGAAUCAAGCCAAUGAACUUGCAUUACUCAUUUUGCAGUUCACUAAAGCGAUAGCGGAAGCACCAUACAAACAGUUAAAACGCGCUUGCGACGAGCAAGCAGACUUCUACAUGCGCGGGGAUAAUAAGAAAUGCGUUUCAGUGGAUAAAGAAGGUAACGGAUUGAGUUGUUUAUGGCAGCAAAUGCUAGCGGUGUUGCCACAAAGCAGCCUGGAGACAUCGCGUGCUCUAUGCGCACAGUACAAAACACCGUUGGACUUGUAUGAGACUUUGAAGCUGCCAGAAGGUGUGAAGACAGUGGCAGAAUUAGGAGUGACUCGCUCGGCAGUCCCAGGCAGUAGAGCAAGGCGGAUUGGUCCUGAAUUUGCGAGGAAAUUACACACCCUAAUGACUGCCGAAGAUGGAAAUAUGUUAAUUGAAUGAUAAUUGUGUAUUUAAAAUUGUUGACAAAUAAAUAUUUUUAAUGCAAUCUUAUAAAAGAUAUAAUAAAAAUUA